GGAAAGGCUUUGAAUGGAGAACUAGACAAGGAGACUGCAGAACAUACAGGCAACAUGAGAGUGCUUCAUUUAGCCCUGUGUGCUGUACUGACCCUGCUAAGUCUGCCUCAGGCAAGCCAUGGAGUUUCAUACUUUGGGGAUAGCUACUGCCGGAUAGAUGUGGUGCAGGAUCUGUUAAGUUUUCAUCUGUCACUUCAGUUCAAGACAAGCAGGCGCAGCGGACUUCUCCUUCUAGCCGCUGGAAACAGAGACUACCUGUCUCUAGAGCUCGUCAAUGGCAGGUUACAGACAAAAAUGGAUAUGGGCUCAGGGGAAGUGGUGCUGAGCUCCUCAUCUGGUGUGCAGCUUAACAAUCUUAUAGAUCAUCAUGUUUCCCUUACUCUACAAGAAAAUAAACUCACCAUGACUGUGGACAGUCUUUUUUCAACAUUUGUUAAUUUGCAAGCAGGGGAGGAACACCUCAGUAUUGACAUGGGUGUGUUCCUUGGAGGUGUAAGAGACUUGGAUGUUGAGUACCUCAGCACAGCUGUUCCCUUUCUCCGUGGCUGUAUGAGUGACAUAAAGUUUGAGUCUCAUCAGUUUAAUAUUUUGUCGUCAGCUGCAACUCACUGCCAUGACACUAAAGAUACCUGUAGUAGUGAGUUUGAAGCUGGAGGUGGGGAAGCCACCAGCUUUAUCAGUCCAGACUCCUUUGUAUCCUUCCCAACCUGGACCCAAGCCAACACUGGUUCUCGCAAUUUGGAAUUCCUGAUGAAAACUACAAUCGAAGAUGCUAUGCUUCUCUUUCAUCCAGGUCACAGUGCUGAUUUUAUUGCCUUGGGCAUGACAGGAGGAUUUCUUACAGGUGUGGCAGAUCUGGGCGGAGGCAUGGUAAUUCUAAACAAUGACAAAGUAAAGCUGGACGAUGAUCAGUGGCACAGGAUAAGAAUGCAGGUUGAUCCCAACACUUUUGAUAUAACGGUGGAUAGUCAGUCUGUCUCUGUUCCUCUAGGUGGUUCAGAAAAACUGGAUCUUGUGGGAAAUCUUUACUUAGGAGGUAUCCAGGGCAAAAUGAAAGAUGUAUUCCGUGACGACUUCCUGAAUCGUAUGGAAGAUGAGAUAACAUCUGAGUCUUUCAUUGGCUGCUUAGGAGAAAUCAAAGUGAAUCAGAAAGACAGAAGUCUACAGGACGCUCUGAUAACCAAAGAUGUUCAUGUUAAAUGUGAAGGAGAAGAUUAUGACUAUUCCGCCUAUUAUGAUGCGGAACCAACUACAGCUUCACCAACAAUUGUGAGUAUAACGCCAGCUGAAAGACACUGUUUACCAACUGGUGAUAUGCCGGAGAUCUUUAGAAAUGUCUCUAAGCUCUUGGAAGUCACACCUCUGCUGGUUCCAGAGGGGGGAGAGGCUUCAAUUGAUAUAAGCAACCUGAACCCAACUUUCAAUUUAGAGGCUGCAGGAAUACGACAGUCACAAAUAAUCUUCACCCUUCAGAGUGACCCUUGGUAUGGGCUUGUAGACAUGAACAUAAACACUAGGCGCACUAAGAAGUUUACUCUCCUAGAUGUGGUGAACAAGAAGAUUAAAUAUCUUCAUGAUGGAAAUGAAAAGUUUGCUGAUCAAAUCCAACUAGAAGUGGUUGCACAUGGCUCCAACCUCCCAGAGUGUUUGAAAACUCCCCGCCUUUACAUCCUCCCAGUGGAAAUUGUUCCUGUCAAUGACAUACCCCAGCUCAGUGGUGAAGAUAUUGCACUUACAGAAAAUGGACUCACUCGCUUAAGCCCUAAUCUUGUCAAAAUUGCUGAUUCUGAUAAGCGGUGUGACAAGUUGAUCAUCACUGUUACCUCAGAUCCAAACCCUCAUGGUUACUUAGAGAAUUCAGAGCAUCCUGGAAGGAACCUAAGAGAGUUCACUUGCAGACAGCUCAAGGAUGGACUGAUUUACUAUGUCCACAGAGGAGGCUCAGUAGAUGGACUCACCUUAGAAGUUUCAGAUGGUAAUCAAAUUAUCCAUUCAGCCACCUUAAGACUCACAAUAACUCAAUCACAGAUAAGCCUCAUAAGAAACACUGAACUACACCUCAUUCAGGGCACCAACUCCACCAUAGGGAUACAGAACCUGGCUGUGUCUGCCACUCCCCAAAAUGGUGAUAUCAUAUUCAAUGUCACACAGCCCCUGAGAUUUGGAGAACUGCAAAUUAUCGGGCAAGAUGGUGUGCCAAAAAGAGUGUCACAAUUUUAUCAAUCUGAUCUGGAGCAGAAUAGACUAAUGUACACUACGACAACGUUAGCUGAUCUCGAGGACACAGAAACGGAGUAUAUUCAUUUUAAUGCGCAGCUUGGACAGGCCACUCUUCCAAACAAUACAUUCAUAAUUAAGAUCAUGCCUGCUCAGGACGUAAUGGUAAAAAUUGUCCCUCUUGAAAUUGUAGCAAUGGAACCAGGAGUUAUCAAAAAGUCUGAGUUAGAAUCUAUGAUAAAAGGAAAGAAUAUUGAUUUGGGUUUUAUCAGAUACAUAAUUUGGAAGAGUCCAACAAUGGGUGCCUUGAUGUUGCGUGAUAGAGAUCUGUCAGAUACUGAGAGCUUCACCCAACAGGAUAUUGAGGCUGGACAUAUCAGUUACAGACCAACAAUUCGCAAGGCUUUUGAUGCUGAGGACAAUUUUCAAUUUAAGGUUUUAGCAGGGGAUCAAUACUCUCAAGUAUAUACUUACCCAAUCAGCAUCAAAGCUGACUCUAAUAUCCCUGUACUAACCAAUGAGAGACUGUUGGUAUUAGAAGGAAAUGAAAGUACCCUAAGUAAAGAACACCUCUGGGUGCAAAGCCCACAGUCUACAGACUUUGUGUACAGGAUUAUACAAGACCCUAUCAAUGGACAUCUCAUUCGGGACUCCCCUCCUGGUGUGCCCAGGUUCGAAGGUGCAGUUCGAGUCUUCAGUAAUGAAGAUAUACUCUUAAACAGGCUCAUCUAUAAACAUGAUGGCUCAGAGGUCAGUCAUGACCAAUUCAGCUUUCUUGUCUUUGAAGUAAAUACAGGUAGAAGUAAUGUCCAGAUGGAAGGAGAGGAGGUGAUCAAAGGAACAUUCCACAUAGCAAUUCAAUCCAGAAAUGAUUAUGUACCUCAGAGGGUCAUUAAUAAGCCCUUCCAUGUGGUAAGAAAUGGUCAGCGUUUACUGACCACUGAUGACAUUCUAUUCAAGGAUGACGACUUUGGCUUCAAUGACACCCAAUUGGUUUACGUCCGAGUGGGAAUUCUGUCAGGAAACAUUGUGUCCUCUGGAGACACUUCACAACCCCUAUACCGUUUUACACAGGCAGACCUAAGGGAUGGGAACGUUCUAUUUGUCCAUCACGGUGCUGACCGGGAUUUGUUCCAGCUUCAAGUUUCCGAUGGGUUGCACAAGACCACAGCACUGCUAGAGGUGCAGGCAGGUGAAUCAUACCUGCAUGUAGUCAACAACAGCAUGGUUGUUAUAGACUAUGGAAGUACCAAGACACUGGAUACAAGUGUUCUGGGUGCAGAGUCCAACAUGGACAUUAGGAGCGCUUCAGAAAUUAUUUAUGAUGUAAACACCCCUCCUAAGGAUGGCAGGAUAAUAGUCAGUGGUGUUGAGGCUACUCGCUUCACUCAGGAAGACCUCAAGAAAGGUGUGGUUUCCUAUGAGCACAAUGAUCAAAGCCUCAGGUCUACGGACUCGUUCACCUUUACUGUGCGUGCAAAAGACAUGUCUGAGAAAGGCACUUUUAGAAUUAAGAUCUUCAAGCAAGGCUAUUUGUUUGAGCCUCAAGUAACCGCUAAUACAGGGAUCAUUGCAUAUGAGGGUGAGCAUACUGUCAUCGAUCAGGAUAAUCUCAGGGUGGAGCAGGCUGACAUCUCACCUAGUGAGAUAGUGUUUAGCAUUAAAGAACAUCCACAUUCUGGCUUCGUGGUCAAACUGACCAAUGAUACUGAGAGCGCAGUGUCUCCUGUGCUGGAAUAUAUCCAGACUUUUACACAAGAUGACAUAAAUAUGGGCACAGUCUUAUAUGUCUCAGCCUCACUACAGGGUCAAGACAUGUUCUCACUAGAUGUCAGUAAUGGCUUUACAACAGUCGAGGAUCUAAAGGUACAGGUGGACAUCAUGCCCCAGCUCAUUCCUGUCCAUGUGGGGAACCUCACAGUGAAGGAAGGAAAUGCCGUGACUCUUUCCGAGGACAUUCUCAACAUCACUCACCCAUUUUAUCGGUCCAUUCAUAUUGAAUUCCUCAUGGAGGAAGCACCUCAACAUGGAGAUAUGAGAUAUCUGGACAGGGAUGAUGACGGGCUUGUGGCAUUCACCUGGGACGAUGUGCAGCAGGGAAUAGUCUCCUAUCUUCAUGACAGCUCAGAGACCACAGAGGACAGCUUCACUUUCUUAGCCACUGCUUUCGAGCUAAACCGCCGCAGCCUCCCCAUCGUCCUCAACAUCACGGUGAUCCCUGUUAACGACGAGGCACCGCAGAUAAGACACAACACGGGCCUGGAGCUUCUUGUUGGGGAAGAAACAGAAAUCACUAACAAAGCCUUAAGUGCAGAAGAUACGGACACCCCUGCAGACAAGCUGGUUUACAACAUCGAGGCGACCAAGAGUGGAAUCAUUGCUCUGAAAGAGUCACCUGAUUACAGCAUUGAAAAUUUCACCCAAGCUCAGAUCGACAACAGCGAGGUCAUUUUCAUCCAUAAAGGAUCUGAAUCUGGUGGUUUUAGUUUCACAGUGACAGAUGGAGACCACACAUCACCUCUCCAUCGCUUCGUCGUUGCUGUCCGACAGCUGACAAUCUCCAUGGAUGUACAGAAAGAGCUUUUGGUCUUUCCUGGCUCCAGACAAGUCAUCAAUAGUGAUAUCCUGCGAGCAGUGACCAGUGAAGAUGGAGAUGAGAUCACAUAUUCUCUAGUGAGGCCUCCACGUCUAGGACGGGUCAUUAAGCCCAAUCAGAGUGGACAAUUUGAGGAAAUCAGCCAAUUCACACAAACCGAGUUGGAUGCUGGUGCAGUGUAUUAUGAACACCAGAUGCCAUCAGAGUCCUUCUGGGAAGUAAAAGAUGCUGUAGAACUUGAGCUCACAUCACUACCAGCAGCAAAGCUCCAACACGUUCUCCCUGUUACAGUGUCGUAUAAUGUCACCCAGCGCAAUGAGUCUUCACAGCUAUGGAAAAACAAAGGUAUGUCAGUGGUGCAGGGACAAUCUAUGGCAUUUAAACUCUCCAUUCUGGAUGCAUCCAACUUAUUAGGCAGUGUACCACAAGAAAAACGGAUAGACCAGGACAUCGUUUUUGAGGUACGACAGUUCCCUGUUCAUGGCCGACUCACACUUGGGGGUGAUGAUCUUCCCCGGGAUGCACCCUAUUUCCUGCAAGAUGACAUCAGUCAAGGAAAGCUGGAGUACUACCACGAUGACUCAGGAGCAUCAUCAGACAGAUUCUCUUUCCGUGUUUGGCUGAACCGCCGUGGUCACCCACCUCAGGCAGUACCAGGUGCCGUGGUGUUAGAGGGGGUCUUUUUGAUCUCAAUCAGAAGAAGGGACUCCAGCCCUCCCGAGCUGGUCAGCCUGGACCUGCUGCUGGAGGCACUGCAAGGAUCUACUACUGUACUGUCCAAGCAGCACAUCAACACUAUAGACCAAGACAGUACACCAGAUGAGGUCAGAUUCACAAUCAUAAAGAGUCCUACUAAUGGACACAUCAUCUACAAAGAUACUGGAGACAGGAUCAAGCAGUUUACACAAGAGGAGGUAAACAUGGGCCAGGUGGCAUUCAUGAGCGAUGGUAGCUUGUCUGAAGGUUUUAUGGAGUUCACUAUCUCCGAUGGAAAACACCGGUCAGAACCACACAUCAUGCAUAUUGGCAUCCUAGCUAAGAAACUUGUGCUUAAUAAGGUGGAGGAGAUACAAGUCAAGCAGGCAGAUGAUGAGACUCCUAUUACAGAGGCCAUGUUGAAAGCAUCCACAGGAGGCCCAAUAGAGGAAGAAGUGCUUUAUAAAAUUACAAAUGUUCCCAAGUAUGCGGUAGUAAUGGUGGACAGGCAACCCACUUCUGCCUUUACCCAAAAACAGAUUAGGGAAGGAAGAGUGAGUGUUCGCUUCACCAAGGCUACUUCAUCAAAUGACAGUUUUUCAUUUGUAGCCCGCAGCAGAGCAGCUAAUGUUUCCUCCAGCCUCAACAUCAUAGUAAAGCCCUUAAUAAAUGUGGCCAAGGAUCCCUUACUUCCACGAGGCACUAUAGUUCUGGUGGAUAGAAAGCUAUUAGAUGCUACCCCACUUGCCAACAAGACCAAAAUUACACCAACCUUCAUUUUGACCCAGCAGCCAAAAGGGGCACGGUUCAUUGAAAGAGGAGGAUCAGCAGACGGCCAGCCUGUGAAAUCCUUUACCCAGAGAGAUCUAGAUGAGGGACGAGUGGCUCUUGAGGUCUUGAACUCCACUAGAGAUUCAACAGAUAAAGGUCAGGAUCAGGAUGAGGCUCGCUUCCUCCUCCAGGCACGUGGAGUUCCUCCAGCAGAGUGCACACUUUCCUUCCAGACUGUGCCUUAUGACCCUAAAGGAAUCUAUGGUGCUACCGUACUUAAGGUCCCCCCAUCUGUGCCCAACUCUGACACAAGUAAAGCGGAUGGAAACUGGCCAUAUGAAGCAGGUCCCACCACAACCUCCCCCAGCUCCCAUAAAUCCCCUGUCUCUAGACGGAAUUCACUAUGGGCCAUCCUUAUCCCCAUAUUAGUUAUCCUCCUUCUUCUACUUGUAGCCGGUCUGAUAGCAUACUAUCUAGUGCGUCGCAACAAAACAGGAAAGCACAAUGUCCAGAAUGCUGCCAUCAAUCCAAAAAAUGGGGAGGUCGCUCAGGAAACCUUCAGAAAAACCGAUCCAGCGAAUAACAUCCCCAUGUCCACUAUGGAGUCGAAAGACACAGAUCCUGAAUUACUGCAGCACUGUCGGACAACAAACCCAGCCUUGAAAAAGAACCAGUACUGGGUAUGAGAGGAAAAAAAUUGAACUCCAUUCCAUGAUGCUGUAUUGACAUUUAGUGUAUGUUGACAGAUAUUGACCCAUGGGAAUUAGAUUUUUUUUUCUUUGUGGACACUUUCUUGAGUCAUUCCUAACAGUAUCAUAAAGACCUCCUCUUAUACUAGUGGUAAAAAAAAAUCAUUUUUGAUAAAUAAUUUAACUUUUGUU